AAAGCGGUUUGCCAACCGCCAAAAGCCCGAGAAGAAUCUACUUGCACAUGCGCACUACAAACCUACUUCGGCAUGAUCCUAACGUUGUAGUGUCGAUACUCAGGAAGAAUUUACUUGGGGCACCUGUCCAGUGCUGACUGGGUAAACACGUGUGUGUGUGUGUGUGUGUCUGGGUGAUUAAGCUCAACACAUUGCAAAGAUGGAUUUCCAGCAUCGAGCAGGAGGGAAGACAGGGAGCGGUGGGGUGGCAUCUGCCUCUGAGAGUAACCGUGACAGGCGAGAGCGGUUACGUCAGCUGGCCCUGGAGACAAUCGACAUCAACAAAGACCCCUACUUUAUGAAAAAUCAUUUAGGAUCGUACGAGUGCAAACUUUGCUUGACACUUCAUAACAAUGAGGGCAGCUACUUGGCUCACACACAAGGAAAGAAACAUCAGACCAACUUAGCGCGGAGAGCAGCCAAAGAGGCAAAAGAAGCUCCUGCUCAGCCAGCACCAGCCAAAGUGAAAGUUGAGGUCAAAAAGUUUGUGAAAAUUGGCCGACCAGGAUACAAAGUAACCAAACAGAGGGAUUCAGAGACUGGACAGCAGUCCUUACUUUUCCAGAUCGACUACCCGGAGAUCGCUGAAGGAAUUGGACCCCGACAUCGUUUCAUGUCCGCUUACGAACAGCGCAUCGAGCCUCCUGAUCGUCGCUGGCAGUACCUGCUUCUGGCUGCUGAACCAUACGAGACUAUUGCCUUUAAGGUCCCCAGUAGAGAAAUUGAUAAAGCAGAAAACCGCUUCUGGACCCACUGGAACAGGGAAACUAAACAGUUCUUCCUACAGUUCCACUUCAAAAUGGAGAAAGCUGUUCCCCAGUCCAGUGGACCCCCACCUCCUGCAGGUGUGAAGCGCCCCCCUCCUCUCAUGAGUGGAGUUGGACAUCGCCCACCAAAUGAGUCUAUGCCCCCUCCCCCGCCAGGAGGGAUGCCCCCUCUCCCACCUGGCGCUCCGGGAACCCCCCAUAUGCCUCCUCAGAUGCCCAUGCCUCCCAUGCCAAUGAGGCCCCCUCCUCCUGAGGGCCUUAUGUCUAAUAACUGAUCCCCUACCAGUGAAACACUUUCAUGGUUUUUAAUGAUGUUUAAAGUCUACAUUUAGUAGAUUUCUAUACAUUUAUUUGGUUUAUGUUUGUAUGACCACACUGUUUUGUAUAAAUGCUUAUUUUCUGGAUUUGGAGCUAUGAUUGAAAAUAGAUCAUCAUAGAGGAUUCUGUUUUUGUAAUUAAAUUCUUUGGAAAAAAGCAUUUGCCUCUCAAAGCCUGUUGUUAGAAAGACGUCACAGAAAGAUGAAUUGAAUGGGUGAAUGGGUCAUAGCAGAAGAGAAGAGUUCCUGAAAUAUCGAGAUAGAAGUUGCAGAUCAGGAUAAAACACCUUUUAACUGAAGCAGCUCUCAGAGGGAACAACGGGCUAAGUGGGUCAAAUUAGUCACAACCCGCAACCUCGAUCUUUAGUUUGCCAUGUUCAAUACCUUCUAGUUACAUAAGAUUUACAACUAACUGCAGUUUAUUAAAGAUGUAGACUUUUCAAAACUAAAGGGAAUCAAACGAUCACAUAGAGAUUUAAGAUGAAACCGGCAGCAGAUUAAAUGAAAUGAAAAUGCAAACGUCUUUACAGGUAACUCAGCGUUUCAUUACUCAGAAUCACAUCCGUUAUGCAAAGCAGCAACAUUAUUUUGAGUCUCAGUGGUGGGAUUUGACAGAUUUGACAGAGGAUAUCUAUUAUUGAAUUCAACAUUACCACCUUUCACAAAUGUUAAAUCAAUUCUGGUGAAAAUGGAUUAGAAAAUAAAUUGCCAUUUGCUACAGUAGAAAGAAUCAAACUCAUUCCUUAUGAGUCUUUUUCUUCUCUUUCUUUUCCUCCAGCUUUUGAUUCUUCUCAAACUCUGCCUCCUCCUUUCCUUCAUCCUCAUCUUCCUCAUCUGCUGCUGCUUCAGGUUCCUCCUUUUUCUCUUUGAUUUCUUCGUCCUUGGCUUUUCUGGCUCUCCUUUCCUUAAAUUUCCCUUCUCUCUGUUUCAUGAGUUUUUUGUCCGGCGUUGGCUUAUUUCUGAGACCUCUUGAUGCUCGUGCUGUCGCUCCUCGCUUUGACUUUUCUAUUUUGACUUGUUCAUCAUCGUCGUCGUCCUCAUCCUCUUCAUCAUCAAGGUCUGGCAGCCACCAUAACAUGACCUCCCAAAGACUUGUCUCAGGCUGAGGGGGGAGAACACAUGGCGUAGUUGACACUGUGGUACAUGUACAUCUGUUUAUCCUCAUGUCGAAGGAUAAACGUGUCAAAUAGAAUCCAAGUUAUUUGUUACUGUCCUUACUGGUGGUUGUCUCCUGUGUUGGAUUUUGCCCGUCCGUCUCACUGUCAGUUCAACUUCCUCUUCCUCUGCUGCCCCUCGACCACGCAGGGUUUCUGGUUUUUUUUUUGAAAAGAGACCACUUAGUCACAGCAGGCAUGUCAUUUUGUAACAGUGGUUCUACUUUUAGUUUACUUGCCAUGAAGCCUCUGAAAGCCUGAGGUGAGCACCAGGAUGGUAAUGGCCACAAACAGACAGCGGUUGAGGGUGACAUUCUCCCACGGUGUUUCAAUCUGGGUCAAGUUUUGGAUG